GUUACCAACGCAAGUUACAAGUUAAAUAAGGUUAUAUAUAUCUAGUACUUUAUCAAUCAUCUUAGUAAAGACGACUCCUAUCGAAAUCCGUGGAAAUGGCUGCUGCGUACGACACCCUGGCAUACCUAUUGGACAGGGCUAACAUCCACGACUCGGUCACCCGACUUGGCUUAAAUCUCGACUUGGGAUCAACAGAAGGUCUCAUCAAAGACGUCUACGCCCCGCAGGUCAUCAUCGACUACACGUCCAUGUUUGGCGGACAGCCGAUCGAGACGACGAACGAGAAGUGGGCGGCGGACCUUGAUCCGAUGAUGGCCUCGUUCGAUGGGAAGCAGCAUCUAAUCACGAGCUUGGUCAUCGAGCUUCCGCAGCCCGUUCAAGGGGCCACUAAGCCGGACAAGUGCAGGGUGAUCGCUAAUGUCAACGGUCAUUUAUUCCGCCGAACUGCUAGGGGCGGGCCGAUGAUGCAUAAUGGGGGCCGGUAUAUUCUUGAUCUCGUGCGAUUACCUGAGUUAGAGAAAAAGGGGGAGAAUCCCUGGAGGAUCGCUAAACAUGCCACGGUCUUGACUUGGGAGGAUGGGAACUCUGAUGUUAUGACUUCGGUUUCUAAGGUUGGACAUUAGGUGGCUUGAAUGGACU